AAAAUUCAUCCGGCUUCAUAUGCAUAAUAGUCUUCAGAGAAGCUCUUCAUCAUUUGCCUACGGAUCCAGGAUAUAUAAUCGGGAUUUUCUUCACAAUGUUAAAAUGCGUGUAUUUCAUAUUGAUUGCGUCAAUUCAUUCUGUUGCAGCUUUUAAGGUUGCACAAUCGUCCGCGGGCCAGCAGAGCAGCACUGCCAUCGACAGCUCAAUGUCAGCCCAAUCAUGCUAUGAUUCUUUGGAGAUCCUGGCUGGAUUGCCUUUAGUGUUCGAUGGCUUAAAGAAAAUACUUUGUGAUGAUGACGAAAAAGCGCUGGACGAUGCUGCCGUCGAACAUCUGUCAUCAGAAAUCAUCGGUGCUUCAUCGGUGCCUCUGCAGAGAGAGAAACGACAGUCAGAUACUCCCGCAACUGACGCUAUCAAUCGCGCGGGUCUAACCUAUUUAAUCAUCCUAUUGACGCUGACAACAUUGUUGAUCCUGGUUAAAAUAUUUUCGAAACAGCUGUGUUUUGUAUGGAAUUUAUUACCGAAUUUUAGAAACCGACCUACCGACCCAGUAGUUGUCAUAGAAGAAAACAUUGAACAGGUCGUAGUGGAGCCAGUUUCCUUCAUUCCAAGACUAGAAAUAUUUUGCGAUCUAUCCAAGAAGCAAGGAUGUCUCACAGUCGUACCCAAUGUCAUUUCGAAGGAGCAUGUAACUUACGACAUUGAAGAUGAGCAAACUUACUUUGAUAUAAAAGUGAACCUUCAUAAAGGUUACUUCAGAAAUACAAAGAAACGGGAAGUCAUUCCAAUGCAUGGCUAUUAUUUCAUGGAUUUGAAGAAUAUCAUCCAGGAACUGCUAUACUCAAAGGACGAAGCUCAGUCGCGGCUUAUCGAAGCUUUGCAGGAUCAGACCGCAACAAAUUCAAAAUCAAUCAUUGAUGCUGCAAUAGCGCAUCCUACUCCAAAGCCUCCUCCAGAUACCGAUUCGGACGAUACUCUGCCUUAUAUCAGCAUGGGAAGAAUCCUUCAGAUUCCAAAGGUUAAAGGGAGACAAAUUCUCACAGUUGUAAAUGAGACUUUGACCAGAAGUUGGGCAGGCCUGGUGCCUCCCAGAACAUUCGAGCUGCAUUCACCUGUCGAAGAGGAACGUUCCGAUGGAAGGUCUGCUUCGCUCGGGUACGUGACAGGAUCCAGUGGAGUAUCAGUUGAAACCACUCCAAAAGAGGACUUGUCCACAGAAAGUUCGCUAGAAAAUAUUGUUCUCGAUGAACGAGAACUGAAUGAAAACGUUCAACUUCGAGACGCUUUGAAAUAUAAGUUAUAUAACAAUGGAGAAGAUUCUAAUGGAACGGGGAUUCUGCAAAAUGAAAACGCCGAAAAACGUGCAGCAAACUUACUGGAGGACGUCAGCUGUAACAAACUGAAAGAAGAUCUUUUAACUUCUAAUUCAGAAAUCGGCGUUGAGGCUGUGUCAAGUUUUCAAGAUUGUCCACAUGACUCAAGUAGUCACGUCUCUCAACAGGAAUCACCUGCAGCUCAAGAUGAUUCUGCAACCGUCUUGCCUGCGGGCAGAGUUUCGUCCUCAGAGGCUGCCACCACCGCGGCGGCAGGGCCAUCGCUCAACCAGGCUGCUCCUGGAGAGGUUGAGUCUCUGGCUACUUCCGAUGUCCGGAAAUUUUCGUCGGCGGAAGUAGAAAAUCUAGAUGCUACUCGGGAAUAAUUUCCGUGUCUGCACUCAAAAAGGUGCUUGAAAUCAUUUAAUUUCUUCACAGACAAAUUUUUUCGGGAUAAAAUUUUUUAAUCGCGUUAAGAAGACCUUAUUUUUAUAAUGACGUCGUUUAGGACAUGUACCAUCAGCCAAGUGUAUAUUAAUUGUCAAAUAAAAUCACGACUUACGUCGAACCUUACUUUUUAUAUGCGAAAUUUGUCUUUGUAAUGAAAAUUAUCGCGUUGGAUAGUUUCAAUGGAGCUAUCCGUUCAUAAAUUAGUGCUUCUUACAAUAUAAUUCCUCAAAUAUUUCAUCUGAGAGGAUGAGAACUGAACGAUCUCGGAAAUCGCAAAGGAAACUUAAGGUUAUUAUAUCCGACGCAGGAAAUGCACUGUGAGUUGGUAAGCAUUAAAUUUUCGUGGGAGAAAAAAAUUAAAUUAAUUUACUUAAUUUUAUUUGAAUCAGCGUAUUGUUCACAUUCUAGAAUAGGACAACAUUCCUGAAUGCUUAAAGGUCAACGGCGUCUAAAGAUUUAAUCUGGAACUUUUGAUCUGUCCAUCAAAAUGUGGUCCGUGACCAAUGUGCUUUUUCUCCAUCAUAUACGGUUUAGGCUUCCAAUGAAGUGAAAUUUUUACUCAAUUAACAAAAAUAAAUGCCAACAGUAUAAGUUAGAUUUGGACUGGGCAGCAUCAGCA